AUGCCUGGCGCCGCGCCGGAGGGCGCCGUAGAAAGCCUUCCGGUCUUGGAAUUUGACACUGGGAGGUUUUGCGAGGACGGCCGGGGAGAGUUUCCUGCGUCCUGCGCGGUCUGCUUGGAAACCUUCACAGCGCAGAAGGAGAUUGUCAAGAUGCCCUGCAACCACGUCUUUCACAGAAGCUGUUUGUCCGGCUGGUUUCAGGUGGCUCGAACCUGCCCUUUGUGCCGGGGUGACGUGGAGCAGGUCAUUGUCUGA